UGCAGUUAGAGUUGAAUCACAUUAGGGUCAGCCCUGACCCAGCAGGGAGGGACUUUCAGAUUCUGGACGAUCACAUGCGCAACAAGUCGGUGGAAAGUGGUGAGAAAAGGUGUGUGCUGAAGUGGGUGACAGAGGGAGCAGUCUCGGUGUUUCUACACUCGCACGUGGAAAUUAUUAUGAACUGAUUACAUGGAGAAUAAGACGGCUGUUUUGACCAGAGGCGUUCCGCAGUAGAAAAAAAAGAAAAAAAUGAAAAUCAAAGUUGACUUGUCCUCGGUGCAGACCUCAAGUGAGACUGACAACCUGGUGGACACUGGACAGAACCACGGAGAUGUUUACAGCAGCGGAUUUUAACUUUUUCACAGACACUGACGCCGGGAGUUGUUAGCAGCAGGUGAGGGGAGACAGCAGUGAGAAGUCAGCCUGCUCCUCACAGCGAAGGAAGGUAAAAUGAAACGAUCCCGGUUUGCAGAGACUGCAAGAACUUUACUCGGAAUGACGUCGAAUUGACAAGCGUCUCAUAUUCUACCAUGAGAGUUCUGCGUUUGCUUUGGGUCCUCGUCCUGUGGGAAACUAGCCUGGGCAACGGAAACUGUCCGAACCUGAUCGUGGACAGCUGUCACUGCUCAGCUGAGAGACCCAAGGAGCUGAGCCGGCAGCAGCCAGUCCGGGUCAAGGUGGUGUGUGAUGAUGUGGACCUGAUGGACACCCUGCAGCCCAGCUUCCUGCCCAACACUACGGUCUCCCUAAUCCUGAGUAACAACAAGAUCUCACUUCUGAGGAAUGGCUCCUUCUAUGGCUUGACUGCUCUGGAAAAGCUGGAUCUGAAGAAUAAUUUAAUAAGCACUGUGGAGCCUGGGGCUUUCCGUGGUUUGGCGGCUCUGAGACGACUGGACUUGUCCAACAACAGGAUUGGCUGUCUCUCCCCAGAACUGUUUCUCGGUUUGGGCAACCUCUCAAAGUUGAAUUUAUCUGGGAACAUUUUCUCCACACUGACUGCAGGACUUUUCACACACCUCGUGGCUCUGAGAGUGCUGCAUUUCCACACUGAGACUCUGUUCUGUGACUGUCAGCUGAAGUGGCUGCUCCUCUGGGCUCGGCAGAAGCCGGUGAGGAUCGGUAACGGAACGGUGUGUAUGUUCCCGACGCGCCUCCAUGGCCUAGAGUUUCGCCAUCUCCGUGAACAACAACUUCAAUGUGAUGGACCUCUGGAGUUGCCCGUCCUGCAGCUGAUUCCCUCUCAACGACAGCUGGUUUUCCGUGGUGACCGGCUCCCCCUUCAGUGCACCGCCUCCUACGUGGAUCCAUCACUUGAGCUCCACUGGCGACACAAUGGUCGCACCGUGACCACACAGGACGACCGUGGCGUCUACGUGGAGGAAACCCUGCUGCACGACUGCUGCUUGCUGACGAGCGAGGUCAUUCUCUCUAACAUAGACGUGACCGUAACCGGCAUCUGGGAGUGCCUGGUUACCAGUUACCGUGGCAACACUUCGCAGCAAAUGGAGAUAGUUGUUCUGGAGACGUCAGCACUGUACUGCCCAACUGACAGAGUCAACAAUAACAAGGGGGACUUCAGGUGGCCCAAGACACUGGCUGGGAUCCUGGCCUUCCUGCCCUGUGCUCCUGCCACCUUUGGCUCAGCUCCUCACCCCUCGGGCAGAGCUUCCAACCCGUCACGUCAGAGGGAAAAGAAAGCCUGGCGGCAUUGUGAUCGUACAGGGCGGUGGGCAGAAGAGGAUUACACACAGUGCCCUUAUGCCAGUGAGCUAACACGCGUGCUGCAUGAGCUCAACCAGCUGACAAUUAAUACCACCAAUGCUCAGCCACUGGGCCAACAGUUGGUCUCGUUCACCAGCAGGGCGGCACACUUCACAGAUGUCAUGGAUGUCAUCUUUGUCACACACCUGGUGGAGAGACUGACGAGGCUGAUGGAGAAACGUAGAGAUCUGGGGGACUUCAUCUCCGACAUCGCCAGCAACAUGAUGCUGGUGGAGGAGCAUAUUCUAUGGAUGGCCCAGAAUGAAGCGCGGGCUUGUACACGGAUCGUCCAGUGUGUGGAGCGUAUCGCUGACCUGGCUCUGACCGCCGACAAUCAGGUUAUUUCUAAGGUGUCUCCUAACAUAGCUCUGAAGGCCUUCUUAAUCCACCCGUCUAACUUCAUCGGUCUGUCCUGCACGGCGAACCAGAGACCACGCCCGCUCACCUCCUUUCCAAACCCUGACGGCCACUCCCACUCUGAUAAAUCCACAGACGGAGAUGAUGAUGAUGAUGAUGCUGUGAGAGGAUCCCUGCUGAAUUUCAAGUGUCACACGAUGAACAGCAGCAGCUCCCCUGUCAGUCAGUUCAACAAGAACUCUGUGGCAGUCGCCUCAAUCCAUUUACCGCUGGCUGGAACGCCUUUCCCCUCCUCUACGCUGCAAUCUGUUGAUAACUCCACUUGCAAGCUGCAGUUUAUUGUGUUUCGCAAUGGAAAACUCUUUCCUUGUACGGGGAAUUCGUCAAAUCUCGCAGACGACGGGAAGCGUAGGAGCGUUUCAACACCAGUUGCUUUCACCAAAUUAGAUGGGUGCAGCCUGGGGAGCGCCGUGCACUCCGUCACUAUUGCUCUCAGGCACUUCGCGCUGGGUGUAGACCCCACCGCAGCCUAUUGGGAUUUUGACCUGCUAGAUGGACACGGUGGCUGGAGGGCAGAGGGCUGCCACAUAACGGGCUCCGGGGGCAACACGACCACUAUCCAUUGCACCCAUCACAAUAACUUUGCAGUGCUAAUGGAUCUGAAGAAGGUGCUUUCUUUCCCCCCAUAUCCUGGGGAGUUUUUGCACCCAGUCGUGUAUGCCUGCACGGCGGUCAUGUUGCUCUGCCUCUUCGCUUCCAUCAUCACGUACAUUGUGCACCACAGUGCAAUCCGCAUCAGUCGGAAGGGAUGGCAUAUGCUUCUCAAUUUCUGUUUCCACACGGCUCUGACCUUCGCUGUGUUUGCCGGCGGCAUCAAUCGAAUCAAAUACCCCAUCAUCUGUCAAGCAGUAGGGGUCGUGCUGCACUACUCGUCCCUGUCCACCAUGCUGUGGCUGGGGGUGACGGCAAGAAACAUUUACAAACAGGUCACCAAAAAGCCGCCGCAGAGCCAAGAUGGUGACCCUCCUCCAGCCCCCAAGCAGCCCCUGUUGAGAUUUUAUUUAGUCAGUGGAGGGGUGCCACUCAUCAUCUGUGGUGUCACAGCAGCUGUCAAUAUAGACAACUAUGGAAGUGGAGAGCAGGCACCAUACUGCUGGAUGGCCUGGGAGCCCAGCCUGGGGGCCUUCUUUGGCCCUGUGGCCUUCAUUGUCCUGGUGACCUGUAUCUAUUUCCUCUGUACCUUCAUACAGCUGCGCAGACACCCCGAAAAGAAGUAUGAGCUCAAACAGAUGCUGGAGGAGCAGCACAGGCUGGCUGCCGUCGACGUGCCCACACAUUGUCAUCAAGCAGCCGAGCCUGGAGUGCUGGCAGCUCCGCCCAGCGGGAGCCAAUGUCCUGCUGGCUGCCCUGGGGUCCCCAUCAACCCUGCGCUGCUGGCCAAUGAGCACUCCUUCAAGGCUCAGUUGAGAACUGCAGCCUUUACUCUUUUUCUCUUUUUAGCGACCUGGACUUUCGGUGCGCUGGCUGUGUCACAAGGCCACUUCCUGGAUAUGAUCUUCAGUUGCCUCUACGGUGCCUUCUCUGUCACCCUUGGCCUCUUUAUCCUCAUCCAUCAUUGUGCGAAGCGCGAUGACGUCUGGCAUUGCUGGUGUUCGUGUUGUCCCGGACGACAAGCGAAGGCCUGCGAUGUUACCCACGGGCCUGCACAGGCAAGGCCCAAAGUUAACGUCAAUGGAGAUACGGUCGGCCACGGUCACAGCCACUGCCACCACGACUCACCGUGUCCGGGCAAAGCCUUGGUGAGCUGUGCUCACGGCAGCUUGGGUCACUGCAAACAUGUCAUCCUCCCAUCCUCACAAAAUCACGUGACAUGUCUGGCACCAGUGGCACCAUGCUGUGCAGCGCUGCACAGUCAGCAGCUGAUCGAAGAGGAGCCCACAGCUACGCACGUACUGCUGCAUGCAGACCCUGAAGGUUACAGGCCGGGAAUCCAGUUCCAUUCCUGCCUCAAGAGCAGUGCCAGGACUAAAGGCCGUCCCUUUAGCCGACGAACAGCGACGGGCACCUGCGGAGCAGGGGCUGAGCGUGAGUAUGCUUAUCACAUCUCUUCCGGUGGAGAUGGAGGCAGCGUGCACAGCUCACACACUGACAGCCCCCACAGCACGCACGAGCGCCAUGCCCACAUCUGUCCACAUCUGGCCCACGAGGCCCACCACGACGGGCAUCACACUUGCCACUGUGCUGCGGCAACAACACACGAGGCCCUGGCCUGCCAUAAUCCCUGUCACAGGCAUAUCUGCUGCACCAAGGCGGACCUUCUCCCUGCUCUUUGCCCUGCAGAGGCGGGGGAGGCCGGCAUCUUCUUGUGCGGAUGCGGCAAAGUGGCCGAGGAAGAACCGACGGCGGCUCAUCAUCAUCAUCUGGAGAUGCACGCUCCGCGCAGACAAUCCUACCCUCAGAAUCCACCUAAUCAGAAUGGGAUUCUUAAGGGGGGCUUACACGAAGGACUCCUGUACACCUCAGACAGCACAGGGAAUAUACGCACUGGACCGUGGAAAAAUGAAACUACUGUGUAGUGCAGGAGGGAAACCAGGGGAGACAGGCUGCGUCCUCGCCUCCUCCUGCCAAAAAUCAACCAACGUCUCCUUUUCUGGAAUUAAAACAAAAACAUUUUGAACACCAUGUGGGAUAUCUUUAUUUUCACGACCGCCUCCUUGAAUGUGUGCUGUUUUACUGUACAGAAAUCUGCUUCUAUGGUGAAUGCUUCUGUGAAUCCAUGUACAAAACACAGUCCCUCUAGAAGAAUUUGUGAGAUAUGUUCCUCACCAUAGGAUCAGAUGUAAUUAUGGGUGUUUUCAUCGUUCCACUAUACUGCAGAGCUCUCUCUCUAUAUAUACAAGACGACGUGAAUGGUUGUGUGUGUGUGCGUGUGUGUGUGUGUGGAUACCUGUCAUAGUGCUCAAUGGCAACAUCCUGCAAGAUUUUUGAAUCCCUAUCAUUUGAAUCCAUUAAAUAGUCUACGGUGGCAGUAGGUCUCACUACUUAAAAGAACUCUUGCCGUUCAUUUUUUAGACGACUAAACCAGCAAUUUUAGACUUUAUGGAUAUUUUUGUCAGUCAGUCAAGCAGCUGUGAAUAUCACUCAAAUAUUUUUUAAAUAAUAUACAAAGACACCGCUGCUUGCCAGAGACUGGCGGGCGCCAGGUGUGUGGUGAGAACCCAAGGUAACACACAAAAAAAAAAGAGAAAUGUAAAAUGAAGCAUCCUCUCACAGGUUGGUAUUGAUUGUGCUGUCUCUAUGAUGUCUCCUCUGUUGUGUUUCUUUUCUUCUGGGAAGCUGUUAAAUAACCACAGUGUCAACAGCAGCGGUGCGGCCAAUGUGAAUAGCGAGCAGUGGAGGCCGAGUCACCGGAUAUUUGAUUAACACUGUGUGGCACGUUGACACAGAAUCAGACCGCGCAGUGAGUUAAUUCCCAAGAAAACUUUUCUUUUUUAAUCCCUUUCAGCUCACACAUGCAACAUGUGGCGUUCUGAGCAAAUGGUUGUUUGUAAUGUCAAACGUCUUUUUUUUACAAAAACAAAAAGAAAAAAAAGAGCAUAGUUGUGUUUGUACAGUCAAUGAUUCGACAUGCUGCUUAAAUGUUAGGGAAGCCACCCUGCCACUGGUGUCCUGUUAUUUCCCCUUAAAUAAAAACUAGGAAAACAUCAUCCUCAUAGACCGCGGCCAUAAAGGAACAAACCUUCUAUUUUGUUUCUCAAGUUUGUUGCAUAAAAGCCCCAAAGUUUGCAUGUCUCGAUCUUAGCUAUGUGCUAUAAUUUUGUAAUGUAAAUGAAUGCCUGCUCAUUCACAUAUUAUUUGACCUGAUCACCAUUGUCAGAUCCUUUGUUUGAACAAAGUAAAGAUCUUACAGUUUGAUAGUUUGCCAAGAGUGGCCAAGAAAAGGAGAUUUUUUAUUUUACCUUCAUAUUUAUUUCUGUUUGGCAGCACCUUUGUUUGCUAAUGGUAUUAUCAAGAGUUAGUACUCCUAACAAAAAUCUGUUGUACAAUGCAUCACAAACUCCGACUUUAGACAGACGAAGAUGUACGACCGAGUGACGUACAGCAAAGCAGCAUUUAUACAGCUAAAUCACAGCAGAACGUUAUUUAGAUAAACCACCUCAGCAUGCAACCUCAUGUCCGACUCGUGCACUCUUGUGUGUGUAAAUAGAAUUGUUUUAUGAUUAAUUCUUUUAUAUGAGAUUUAAGAUAUUUAAUAAUAAAAAUAGGUCUAUAUAUAAUGAAAGCUGUAUGGGUAAGAAAAAGAAAAACUGACCUCUCAGUGUUAAUGCUCAGUAUCUGAGUUCAGAAAUGUUUCUGUUUUUAAAUGCCUUUUUCUGUUGCAAUUUUAGUUCUAAAAUAUGCAGAGUUGCCAUGUGUUGUGAGACUAUACUGGCAUAUCAAGGAUGCACUACACACAUUAGCAUUGGACCUGAUCAGGACGCUGUUUGCCCCACACACUGUAGGGUCAUUGGAAAGUAUUUGUUCAAAUUUUCGAUUGAUUCCUGGGCGUCAAGGUAAAAUAUCAAACCACCUUUCAUUAUGACAAGAUCUUUGUAAUGGAAAUUGGACUCUUAGACAUCAGUGUGAUGGAUGAGUCUCAGUGCUUCGAACUUGUGGCCAGUGGUGUUGAAAACACUUGUUUCCACAAAAGUUGGUACAUUCCCUGAAAAUACAAUAAAAAACAAAGUAUUUCAAUAGAUGAUGCAUUUGUUCUGUUAUUUAUCAGACCAUAUAACCAGGGGACUCAAAUUCAAAUGACCUGUGGGCCACUAUUGCCCCUGCCAUCUCAAUGAAGGGACA